CCGUAACCUGGGAGACGGGAAUAUCAUAUUCAAGCACCAAUGCCACUGUGCCUUUUGAAUCUCCUUCUCUUUGACUCCAAUAAUUGGGCUAAGCAAACCCUCGUAGGUCUGAUUUUCUAUGCACAACAUUCAACUCGACCCUAGCUGCAUAAAAACAAUUUCUGAAUGCUUUCAAUUCAAUUCACAUACAUUCACCUCUUUUUCAAAAGAGACCCUAAUCUCGAAGAAUGAAACAAUCAUCGCCAUCCCUCUGUAAUAUCCAACAUUCUGAACGCAACGGAGACUUCUCCAGUAGCACACAUGGAGAUGUCUUCAUCUCAAAGAACAGUCCACUUCAAUACUCUCCCACCGGACAGAUUUCAACAGAGGCAGCCAAGGCGGCCACUCAACCUUUCUACUAACAUACAUCCUAGCCUAAACAAACCUCUCCCGCCACUUCCACACAGCACUCCUCUGCUUUCAUAUCCUACAUCGCCUCUGCUUGUCCACUCUCAGGAUCUGCAUUAUCAAUCCCGGAGCCUCUUCCUGGCUUCUAGACGGACUUUCUCAGAAAACGCUCAUCUCGGGAGAGACCGCUCUCAGCAAGAGGCUCCUCCAUCCAUGGCACUUCCGCUGCUCAGAAGUCCGCAUAGACGACAAACAACUGCCUUUCUGCCCCGACGAGAAUCGAUACUUCCCUCCACACCUGUCCCAUCAAGUCAGAUUCCAAGACCCUCACGAAACGGGAACCGCCGUCUAACGGAGGUGUCAUGGAGAGCUACAGGAACCUUACUAGAGGACUCAACAACAUGGAGAACAGCAAGAACGAACAAAGCUGGAAGAUAUCGAGAGAUGCAACCUUCAACGGCAAUAGCCUCCAAUCCAUACGCUGCUUCUUCCGCCGCAAGAAGAUACAUCAGCUGUUCAAGACGAACUUUAGAAGCGGAAGAAGGCGCUCGUUUAGUCAAUGGUAUUGAGAACAGAAGCAACAAUUGGUUUUGGUCCAAAGAUCGAGGAGCUCGUCACGGUGCGUGGCUCCCCAGAGAAGAAGAUACUCUAGGGUACUCCUCCAGGAUACCAGAUCCACACAGGCCAGCUCCACGAAGAAGACAAACGAUAGCGUCGACAGCUACGUCGACGUUAAGCUCUGGCAGCUUUGACCCAGUUGAUCGUACCGGACCUUAUAAUCCGUGUCCCACGCCGCAUCCUCUUGUUGCGUUUUGGCCGAAGUCUCGAGUUCCUUUGCCUGUGAGGAUGGCAGAGAUAAAGAGGGACAUUGGCAGUCCCGAAGAAGAAUUGAUGACAAGCACCAUAACUACUCUGCCUGCUUCUUCUUCUUCUACGCAUGGGCCAGAGUCAAAUGACGAGGCUGCGGCGCAGACUGAAGCUGAGCAAGCAAUUGAUGAGCCAGUGGUGGAUUCCCCUCGCAAGCUGUUUCGGCGCAGAACAUUGGCGGCAUUGAGGGAACUAUCGGUGACUCAGGAGAAACCGAAAGUCCCUGCUUGCUCGUCUUUGAAUGCAUCAUUGGGCUCGCGAAGAAAGUUAAAGGAGGAAGAUAAUACUGUUGGUGAUCCAGCAUUUGUAUGUCGUGUUUAUGAUGAUCCCCAAGCCGAGGCCCUCCUUUUUUUGGUUUGUGUGUAUUAGGAAGUUUGGACUUGGCGGCGGUGCUGAUGAGUCUUCAAUACUAGGUAACUACUGCUCAGCCAACAGCGUAUUGGAGCGGGCGAUUUGUUGCGGUGAAUGAUUGUAUACGAAAUGAGGAGUUUGUAGUUGCCGACCGUCAGCAAUUGACGCCGAGUCCGGAGCUGGCGGCUACGGCUUUGAAUCAUGGUUCUUUGCAGAAUACGCAGUUUGUUUGCAUUUUCU